AUGUCGUUGUCCACCGAAUCAACAGACAUCACGCUCUAUACCUGGCUGACACCCAACGGCAUCAAAACUUCAAUCGCUUUAGAAGAAUUAUCCGUCCCCUACCAGGCAGUCGCGGUUGAUAUUUCAACCAACGCCCAGAAAGAACCCUGGUUCCUGGCAAUCAAUCCCAAUGGACGCAUUCCGGCCAUCACCGACAAGGGCCAGCGCGUCUUCGAGAGCGGGGCGAUUCUGAUGUACCUGUGCGACAAGUAUGAUCACAAUCGCACGAUCAGCUACUCCCCUGACUCUCCCGAGUACUAUGAGCAGCUAAGCUGGCUCAUGUUCCAGAUGGGCGGCCUUGGGCCAAUGCAAGGACAAGCAAACCACUUUCGCCUCAUGGCCGGAGAAUACUGUCCAUACGGCAUCAACCGGUAUAUGAACGAAACGAAAAGACUGUACAGCGUUCUUAACGAUCGCCUAAUGGUCAGUCCGUACCUGGCUGGAUCGAAAUAUACCAUCGCCGACAUCGCCAAUUUUGGAUGGAUCCGAUACGGUCCCUUUGCGCUGGAGAUCAGUCUUUCCGAAUUCCCCGCGCUUCAGCGUUGGCACGACGAAAUCAUGAAGCGUAGUGCCGUCCAGAGGGGUAUAAAGGUUCCAACGGACAAGACAGAAGACCAGAUCGCCGAGAGAUAUCGCAAUAUGAGGCAGAAGAUGGAUGGAAUGAAAGAGGCGUUGUAA